CAGACUUACAGAAGGUCCGUUGUUACGGCAUUCGUCUGUCUGACUGAUCGCCGACACGAUGAAAGAGGCAGGCACAACAAGACCACGUUUCACAGCUUUCGCUUCGACAGACUGCCACACCUGCCUAUCAGGGAAUCGCAAAUGCGAAAGACAACGACCAUACUGCUCAACGUGCCUGGAGCGAGGGGUCAAAUGCGGUGGCUAUGUCACCCCUCUUUCGUGGCAUGAAAGCAGAGCAUAUUCAGGCAGGGAAUCAUCAAGACGCCACCAGCAAUGGCGUAAUCGAAGGUCCGACUCAACCACAGAACGUGCAGGCACUUUUCACCUUGUUCAACGUGGCAGCCAGAAAUCGAAGAAAUCAUGUCCGUUGAUCUUCCCUCAAACUGAAGACCACGUUGAACAGCACUCCGUAUCUCCAGAAGUGACGCAUUCGGUCAUCGAAAGCGAAGCUUCCUUGACAGACACGGCGUAUGUUGAUUCCUUGCUGGACAAUUUGGUGUCGGAGACAUAUCCAGAAAGCGACACCGAUCACGACCCAACACCAAGCCUGCCGAUAACAAGCUCCAUUGUCCAUGCCCACCCACCUUGGACAGGCCGCGAAACAGAGAACGACGAAAUCACUGACUAUGAGAACGCUCUCCCCAGGGUGCUACAUUCCACGGCAGCGGCAGCGAAUCAUCCAGACCCAGAAGUUUUGACACCUGGUAACUUAUUAUUGGGCUCGGAUAUCGCCCUCUCCUUCGAGUGGUCAAACAUGGAGUGGGAAGACACACAAUCAAUGCUCGACAGUGCUUUUAGCACGUUUCCGUUGGCACCCUCGUUCGGCUGGCGCCAGCAGCACGAGAUGGCAUUAAAAUACUAUGACACAGAUCUAUGCGUCCUUCCUUUGACGUCGGAUAUGCCUCUGAAUCCUUUUCGGAUCAGGGGAUUUGCCCCCGAAGACUCCCAGCUUCUCCUACAGUCCGUCCUUGCGCUCUGCUCUCAACAUCAGGUCAACACUGGCAACAUACAGCCCACUGAAGCGCUCGAGAAGCGUACUCAAGUGUCUGACAUGCUCAGUCGAGAAUUACAAAGUUCGGAACCGAGCAACAAAAGCAGCUGUCUACUGGAGGCCAUACUGAUACUAAUCACACUGGAUUGUACAAUAUCGGCGUUGGGCAAUUGGUCAGACCAUAUUCGCAAAGCUGUAACCGUUUUCGAGGCAUGGGGCGGCCCUUCGGCGCUCAACAGUCCUCGGCUCCGCUCACAAGCCAGCAUGCUCGUCUGGUGGGAUGCCACAUUGGCUAUGAUUUCGCGACAAGGCGCAAGGUUCCACUCGUCCUACUUUGGAUACCUCUUGGAGAAUGAGCAAAAUGAUGGCUGGUCAUUCUAUGGACUGACCGGUUGUCCUACCGAGCUCGUCGUCAUUCUUGUCCGGCUUGCCAAGAUGGCUCGACAGAAAGAAGUGGCUGAUUCGAUGGAGUUUUUGACCUUUGACAUGGCCGCCGUCUUGGAUAUUGAACGGCAGCUUCUGAAUUGGAAGAACAGCCUCGAGGUCGAGGUAGGUCCCGGCCAUACUCAUGGCACUAUCAUCAACCUGCUGGAUGAGGAUGUGGAUGGCCAAAGCUCUGCCACUUCUGAUGAAGAUGAAAGUGAGGGAGAGUAUUCUCGGCAACGGGAUGACUACCACUGCAUGGAAGCUUGGAGGUACGCGUUGCUGCUCUACAUCCAACGCGUGUUCCGGUGGAACCGCCAAUCCCAUCGGCGGCCACGGGCGAUCUUACCACUUACUUGUAAGAUUAUCGAGCACUCGCGCAACUGCCGUAAGACGUCGCAGGUGCAAAAGCAGCUUCUGCUGCCGAUCUUCCUGGCCGGCGCGGAAGCACGAGAUAAAGACGUACAGGAUACCGUUCGCGCUUACUGUCUCUGGUGGGGCGCAAGAAGCCGUUACGGCAUGUUUUACAGUGUCUCCAGCCUUCUGGAGGAGUACUGGGAACAUAUAACUUCCACGGACGCAAGGCCUGAAUGGUGGGGGUCAUUCCUGGAUUCAAAGACUCACGCUGGAAGAGUUGGAGAUGUGACGGUGCAAUUCCUCUUCGGCUAAUACGAAUCUUGUCUUGGAAGAGGAAUCAAGUGGCCUCACCCCACCCUGGAACCGUUGCC